CCCAGAUUCCAGCGUCCAAGGAUUCCUGACGCAAGAUUGGUAGCAUCCGGGCCCGCAGCGCGUGGCGAGUUUGAGAGCUGUACAGUUCAUAUCACUUGAUACGCGACAAAAAUGGCAGAAGAGAAGGAAAUCCAGCCAGCGGGGCCGACCCUGCACUUUCCCGAAAAAGACCACCUCACACACUCCAACGCCAUGGACAAAGUAAUCCACAACGCCAAAUCCGCCACGGACAAAGAACACAAAAUGACGCUCUGGCAAGGCAUAAAACUCUACCCGAAAGCUGUAGGUUGGUCUGUCCUCAUCUCAACCUGCAUCGCCAUGGAAGGCUACGACGUGUGUCUUCUGUCCAACUUCUACGGCUUCCCGCAAUUUAACAAGAAAUACGGGGAGCGGCUGGCCGAUGGUACGUAUCAGGUUCCGCCACACUGGCAGGCUGGGUUGAGUAAUGGUGCAAAUGUGGGCGAGAUUAUUGGGUUGUUUAUCAAUGGGUGGGUUAGUGAGAGGUAUGGGUAUAGGUAUACAGUUAUGACGUGUUUGACGUUGAUUAUUGCAUUUACGGCGAUUUUCUUUACGGCUAAGGAUGUUGUUGCACUGCAGGUGGCGGAGAUUUUAUGUGGGAUUCCGUGGGGUGUUUUCCAGACGUUGACAAUUACUUAUGCGUCGGAGGUAUGUCCUGUGGCAUUGAGAGGGUAUCUUACAACGUACGUCAAUUUCUGUUGGGGCCUGGGUCAAGUUGUCGGUAUUGGCGUCAUCAAAUCCAUGCUUCCCAGGGAUGAUCAAUGGUCCUAUCGAAUCCCCUACGCUCUCCAAUGGAUGUGGCCUGUUCCUCUUCUCAUUGGAGUUGCCCUGGCCCCUGAGUCUCCAUGGUGGCUCGUACGCAAAGGCAAGAUUGAUGCUGCUAAAAAGUCUCUCCUGAGAUUGACGAGCUUGAAUCGCGAAACCGACUUUGAUGCAGACGAAACGGUUGCUAUGAUGGUCCAUACAACAGCGCUCGAAGAGAAAAUCACCAAAGGCGCUUCCUACUUUGAUUGCUUCAGAGGGACUGACCUCCGUCGCACGGAAAUCGUGUGCAUGGCCUGGGCGAUCCAGAACCUGUCCGGCAACGCGUUUUCAGGGUACUCGACAUACUUCCUAGAACAGGCUGGCCUAGAGCCCUCGAAAGCAUACGACUUCGCAUUGGGGCAAUACGGCAUCAACAUGGGCGGUGUAUUAGGCGCAUGGUUCCUCAUGACCCUCGGUCUUGGACGUCGAACACUAUAUCUCGGGGGUCUAUGCGGUCUCUGCACAAUGCUCUUCAUCAUGGGGUUCCUCGGUCUCGUCCCCCACGAGCACAAAAGCCAAGCCGCCCUUGCAACCGGCGCAAUCAUGAUCGUCUGGGCGCUCUUCUACCAACUCACCGUCGGCACCGUAUGCUACUCACUCGUCGCCGAACUCUCGACCCGUCGGCUGCAAAUCAAAACCGUAGUUCUCGGCCGCAAUCUCUACAACAUCGUCGGGAUAAUCUGCUCGGUGCUUUCACCCUACAUGCUUAACCCUGGGGCCUGGAAUUGGAGCAACUUCACGGGCUUCUUCUGGGGCGGGAUUUGCUUCUGCUGCAUUAUUUAUACGUAUUUUAGGAUCCCGGAACCGAAGGGGAGGAGCUUUGCAGAGCUGGAUUUGUUGUUUGAAAGAGGGGUGAGUGCGAGGAAUUUUGCGAGUACGAGGGUGGAUGUUUUUGAUGAGCAGGUUGAGGAUACGAUGGCUUUUCAUCGGUAUGAGGAGAAGGUUGGGGAGGUGCAGAGGCAUAUGGAGGUGGUGAAGGUGUAGGGAGGUGAGGUUAGUUGGCGUGGCUGUUGAGCAUUUCAUUUGUGGUUCAGCGUUGGAGAUGAUUGCCUGGAGCAGAUGGUGCGGCGCUUUGAUCCUUCUUAACGGGAGGCAUUAUUGUGAUUGGGAUAUUGGAG